AUGUGCUCUGCUUCAGAUAUUUUGUCUCCUGGUCCUUUGUACUCUGCAUCAGGUAUUUUGUCUCCUGGUCCUUUGCACUCUGCUUUAGAUAUUUUGUUUCCUAGUCCUUUGCACUCUGCUUCAGAUAUUUCUUUUGUACGUACAUUAUUUGUUUAA